AUGUACGCAAAACGCGGCCGAGGUGGUUUUCGAGCCGCGGGUAGUUCCAAGAAUACAUUCAGCAAGAAGCGCUCUUCACCAGAAAACGACGAACCAGCUCCUGCAUCAAAGAAGGCGAAGGGUGACGCAGAAGAUGAGCCACUUGUUCCGCAGCUUGACACCGACGACGACAAAAACCCUUUUGUUGCGCUCAAAGCGAACGGCACCCGACGCGUCACCGUUAGCGAUUUCAAGGGCCAGACAUUAGUCAGCAUUCGAGAAUACUACAAGGACAAGGACAGUGGCGAGAUGAAACCAGGGAAGAAGGGCAUCUCGUUACCUAUCGACCAGUACAACGCGUUCCUUGCCGCAGCACCGCUUCUCGAAUCCGUUCUCACCGAGAAAGAAGAGAAGGUCGUUCGACCUAACUACGACGGUGAGGCUCCACAACCUGCUGAGGCCGAGGAGGGGGGUGACGAACAGGAAGGUGGCGCAGGAGGCGAGGACGAAGACGAAGAAGACGAGGAGUAG